GGUGGCGCGGCGGGCAUGGCAGAGAUGCAUUCAGGGCCAGUGGCCGGGACACAGCUCAACGCGCUACCCGACCACUCGCCGCUGGUGCAGCCAUCCUUGCGGGAACUGAGGAGCCGAGCGGUGGAGGCGGGCAUCCCGCAGAUCCCGCACCCGCUCACAGAUGCCUUCUUGCUGCGCUUCCUGCGCGCCCGGGAUUUCGAUCUGGACCUGGCCUGGCGGUUACUGAAAAACUAUUAUAAAUGGCGAACAGAAUGUCCAGAAUUAAGUGCAGAUCUGCAUCCCAGAAGUAUCAUUGGACUUCUGAAGGCUGGCUACCAUGGAGUGUUGAGGGCCAGGGACCCCACCGGCAGUAGAGUUCUUAUUUACAGAAUUGCAUACUGGGACCCAAAAGUUUUUACAGCCUAUGAUGUGUUCCGUGUAAGUCUCAUCACAUCAGAGCUCAUCGUACAGGAAGUAGAAACUCAGCGGAAUGGAGUCAAGGCCAUAUUUGAUCUGGAAGGCUGGCAGAUUUCCCAUGCUUUCCAGAUUACCCCAUCUGUAGCCAAAAAGAUUGCUGCUGUACUUACAGAUUCCUUUCCAUUGAAAGUCCGUGGCAUCCAUUUGAUAAAUGAGCCAGUCAUUUUCCAUGCUGUCUUUUCCAUGAUUAAACCAUUUCUGACUGAAAAGAUUAAGGGCCGGAUUCAUCUGCAUGGGGGCAACUACAACUCAACCCUGCUUCAGCACUUCCCGGACAUUCUUCCCUUGGAGUAUGGUGGUACCGAGUUCUCCAUGGAGGAAAUUUGCCAGGAGUGGACAAAUUUUAUAAUGAAGUCUGAAGAUUAUCUCAGCAGCAUUUCUGAGACCAUCCAAUAAGAAGUUAUUUCCUGUGAAUGACUUCCUAGUUAAAAUUCAAUGGUGGGAUCCUAUCUGGUAUACUAAAUUCAAGAGCAAACCGUCUAAAUGAAUUAAUGUUUAUCUGACCCUUACAUGAGAAAAUGGCUAUUUAGGUAGUGUUCUAACUUUUACAAUGCUAUGUUCCUUUUGAAUUAAUUAGUGUUAGAAGAGAUUCCUGUUUACAUAUGAAGAGCGAACAUAGCUAUAUCUGAAGUUCCCAUUCCAGUGUAUCUUUGUAUGGUUUGGGAAAUUUCAUUUUAAACAAAAUUUUAUGAUACCAUUGUUUAAUAUUAGAUCGACGGCUAGUCCACUGCAAAGAAACACUGUGCAUACCAACUGAUGAUGAAACAUUAUUAGUGCUCUCUCUGUCAGAUUAUAAUUCAGAUUGCAGUCUGAAUACAGCUUUAUGCCAGCAGGAUACUUUAUCUCAGGGAAACCUUACUUAGUGUAUGUACAACAGAAGCCUGUAAGUCUACAUGUCACCAUAUUAUAUGCAACAAAAUCACUAUGGUUGAUAAAAAUAACUUAAAACUUUAGACAAUAUUCUGGGCAGAGUCUAUGGUUCCUUAUGCAGUCUUGUAUUUUCAAAUAAGUAAAGAAUAUAAUUUGUGGCUUCUCUUUAUGACUUAUACACAGACUGCUUAUACUUGAAAACUUAAUGGAAUUGCACAAAAGGAAGCGUUUACAUCCUACUUAACCAUCAUCAGUUAUAGCUAGCAUUUUUUCAGAUUAUUCAUGGAAUAAUUUGAGUUUUACUAUUAUCUCAGAAUAUUUUAUGUCUCAAAAUGCAUGUUUGGUUUAGGUCAGUAGGUAGGGUGUUCUGUCUGUACCACAGGCAGAUCAGUUUUAAGACUUUUAUUCGUUGAGAAAAAUGUAAUCUCGUCCCAUUUUCAGCACAUCCUUAAAUUCCUGAUGUGAUUUUUAUACUUAGGGUCUUCUAAUUAAUUUUAUCUUACACUUGAAAGAAUGUAAGUAGAGAAUUUAUUGGACCUGUGUUCAGCAGUAAUCAUAUAAUAAUGUCUUCGUGCACAGGGUGUUUUUCUUUGUAAGAAAAUGAGUUGAAUCAGACGAGCUGAUCCUUCCAGUACCCUGCACACACACUGAUGUCAAAAGGAUGUUCUUUAGAGAACACGUUUAACCUUCAUUCACAUGCUAUUUCAUUUUACUAGAAAUAUCUUGUUUUUUUCCUUAAAACAUUAGUCUUCCUUACAAAACCAAAAUAUUAAAAUUAUACAAACAACAGAAAAUCAACUAAGGAAUAAAGAGUAACAAGACACCUUCAGCUUUUCAAACUUUUAAUCAUCAACAGAAACUCAGAUGCCACUUUAUUUCCAUGUGGCUGUUCAAUCAUUUGCCAUGAUUUUGUGAAGGAAUGAUGCAUUAUAAUAAAGGCUAAUGUUUCAAAUGUCUUUAAUGUGUACAUUAGUGAAGUAAUUAAAAACGCCAGUUAAUGUGAGUACAUUCUAUGAUGGGGCUUUGGAAUUUUUAUAAAACGAAGCAGUUCUGUGAAGAGCAUUGAAGAACAAUGUUUGUAGACAGUUGUGAAUGGUUCUGGAAGUAACUGGAAUUCUCUGUGUGCCUUCACUGCGCUUGUUUUCUGAAAGGUGAAUUCCAUAGGUGCUUACUAUGUUGCAGAACUUCAGUGAUUUGUUUUAAUAUUGUUAAAAAUAAACAUCGUUCUUAUAG